AUGAUGGACGAUUUGCGGCCGGGUCUUGGAGGCAUAUUGGGUUUGAUGGAUCACGAUCACCAUCAUCAUCACCUCCACCAUCACCACCCGACCGCGGUGCACGUGGACAAACAACGUGCCUCGAAGGGGGCCAGCGACUCGUCCAAUGAACUCGGCUCGAUGUACGGACUGCCGGUUAACGCGGCCGGUGACUCGUCUCACCACAACACGCCGUCCCCCGGACGAGGAUCGCUAGCUGAACAGACUACAUCCGAAGGAGCGUUUAAAAAAUUGAAAACAGAACCUUUGACAUCUGUAGGUAGCAUAAGUGCAAGUCAUUCUGGACACACGCCUACUACGGCAACGUGCCCGACUCCAGCAAGACGAAGACACCGUACGACUUUUACCCAGGAACAACUGGCAGAGCUUGAAGCUGCUUUUGCCAAGUCUCACUACCCCGAUAUCUAUUGCAGGGAGGAAUUAGCAAGAAGUACAAAACUCAAUGAAGCUAGAAUACAGGUAUGGUUUCAAAACCGAAGGGCCAAGUACAGAAAACAGGAAAAGCAAUUGCAAAAGGCUUUGGCCCCGCCCUCCAUGCUUCCCGGAUGUAACGGGGCCGCCAUGAUGAGAAACAUCUACCCUUCAGCUUCUAGAACGUACCAAGCUUACCCGCACCCGAAUAGCAUGAACAGAUACCAUCCGCAGAUGUCAUCUUCUUACAUGUCCACAGCAGUGAUGUCCCAGCCAUUUAAUGUUUCAAGUCAUCAAGCUAUUCCAACUGCUUCUGCUAAUCAGUCUUCUAUUACGACACCUGCAGGAAUGAUGCCAGAAGAAGAAUGGUACAAUAAAAGUUUAUCGGCAUUGCGGAUGAACUCCGGACAUCAUCCAAACCUCACCACACCAAUGUUACAAUACCAGACAUAG